UACAAGGUGACAGAUGACAGUUAAAAAAUAUGGCGGAAAGUAGUUGGACAAUAACAUUUAUUCACAGAGAAAUAAUUGUAAAAAAAAUCCUUUAGCCUUUAAUCAAUCAGUACCAUAUUCUGGGGCAAAAAACCGACGGAAUAGUCCUGUACUAGAACGACCACAGGGUUUUUUUCCUACGACCGUACCAUCUCCACUAUUGCAUUUAAGUUUCAAAAAAAAGUGUUCAAUUACAAUUAGUUGUUCUUGUAGUAGUAUGUUUGUAUUUUUAGUGAUAGAAUAGAUCCAGAGUACGACGAAAAAAGUGAUAAAACAAACCGGACAAACGCAAAUCAUCAUUAGCGGCAUCAGUUAUGGUGAAAAGUGGCCGGGCAUUGAACAGAUAGCCAUGGCGAAUUUAAACUUUACAAGGAACAUUGGAGGUAGCAGCCUCGGAAGGUCUAGUGUUAGUUUUGGCAGUAAUUCUAUGUCGGGGCAUGUUACCCCGGUGUUUGGUCAGAGGCCGCCUUCGGAAAGGAGAACCAUUCCUCCAAUGGGAAACUCGAACCAAUUAGGUAACAUGAAUACGUCGAUGAAUAGCCUGGGUGGUUAUAGUUCCUUCAACUCGGUGUUCGGAUCGGGAGACGCGAACACGCCCUCACUAUUGGACCUGAGCGAGUUCCCUUCGCUGACGAAUCGAAAUUCCGGAGACGUUCCCCAGCCCAACCCCAUGCCCGGGGCGAAGCCCUACGUGGGAAUGGUCAAACAGUUCUCAUUCCAGCCGACGUCCGAGUCGAGCGAGUUCACGAUGUCGAACGAAGAUUUUCCCGCGCUACCCGGCACCCAACAUCCGGCCGAGGGCGCGUCGCCCGCCGGCAGCCAAUCCGACGAUAAAACGAUGGUUAUGGACGGCGUGCAAACUAACGACGCGCAGAUGGGACUUACGAUGCUGUCGACGCAGUCUGGAUUAACUUCGUCGGAUAAAAGCUCGACGAAACAAACAGGUGGAAUUCGAUCGACACCGGAUGGUCGUGUAAGUAACAUCCCCGCCAACAUGGUAUCGGAUCAGUUCGGCGUCGUCGGUCUGCUGGCGUUUAUCAGAGCGGCCGAAUCCGAUCCGAAUCUAGUGUCGCUCGCGCUAGGGCAAGAUUUGACGGCCCUCGGUCUGAAUCUCAACUCGCCCGAGAACUUGUACCCGUCGUUCGGCGGUCCCUGGGCGGACAAUCCGUGCCGACCUCAGGACGUCGACUUUCACGUGCCGCCCGAGUACCUCAUCAACAACGCCAUCAGGAACAAGCUAGCGCCGAUGAAGUUGAGCAUAUACAAGGACGACGUGCUGUUCUUCCUGUUUUACACUAGUGUAGGCGAUGUACUUCAAAUUGCGGCAGCUACUGAACUGUAUAGUCGAGAGUGGCGGUACCACAUGGAAGAGAAAGUGUGGAUAACGCAAGUACCCGGAAUGGUUCUUAUCGAAAAGACAAACACGUACGAGAGGGGCACCUACUACUUCUUUGACUCUCAAAGUUGGAGGAAGGUCGCGAAAGAGUUCCAUUUGGACUACAGCAAGUUGGAAGGUCGGCCCGUUCUAAACACGACGUGAGCCGUUUCCGGGUCGAUUCCAUGACGCCCCGUUUCCCCAGGGCAUCCCCGCCGCGCGUAUAAAUAAAUGAAAAGUGUAUGCAUUAUAAUAAAAUUCAUAAUAAUUUUAAGGCUAAGUUUGGUCGGGAGUGCGAGUUCAAUAUUUGGACUGGCACUGCCAGAAUCGAAUAAGUUCUAAGGAUUUUUUUUUUCUUUUCGAUAAAACAAACACUUGGGAAAAUGUUAUAAAGCUAUACAGUUUUCAUUUUUUUGUAUAUUAAUUUGUACAAUAUUAAUAAAUACUUACUGAUUUAUUUAAAAUUUGAAUUGAAGGCGUACUCUUCUUAGAUCUCCAUUUAUUUCUGUGAGCACUGUUUAUGUUGUUAAUAUAGGAGAACUUUUGAUUUUUUCA